CUUAAUUUUAAUAUUUUCCCAGAAUCAAUAUGAAAUUCGCCAUCGUGUUCGCUGCCGUCGUGGCCGUGGCCUGCGCCGGGCUCCAGAAGCCCCUGGACUCCAACAUGGCCGAGCUGGAGGCCAUCGUGGCCGCUAUCCAGAGCCCCAGCACCGACCCAGCUACCGCCGCCCUCCUCGAGCAGCAGCUGGCUGAUCUUCUGGCUGAAUACCUCCCUGCGCCUGCACCUGUGAUUGUAGAGGAGCCUUCUCCCGUCCAUAUUGGUCUUCCUAUUGUGGAUUUCCCGGUUCCUGAUGGUGGGAUCCUGAGCCCUGUGCCUGAGACUCCCGCUGUCGUGCCGUCUCCUAUUGUUGACGCUUCUCCUGCCGCUGAGGGCGCGUCUCCCUUGGUUCAGAUUAUCCUGAACAUCAAUCAGGCUAGCUCUGGCGCCGCGCCCGUGGUUCCCGCUCCCGUGGAGACCCCUAUCGUGCCCGUUCAAGUGGUGGACGAGGCUGUAAACGAGGAGAGCAUCGUGCCGACCCCCGUGAUCGUGGUGGACUCUGCGCCGGAGCCCGUUCAGGUGGUGCCCGCGCCGGUGGUGCCCGCACCUAUGCCCGAGGUGGAGCCCAUCCAGAUCGGCAGCCCUAUCAUCCCCACCCCGGUCGUCAACAUCCCCAUCGAGCUCAAAACCAUGAAACUCCUUCUGACUGUUGUGGCCCUGGUGGCCUUCGUCCACGGCGCCCCCACCACCCAGACCAUGGAGAUUGGUGCCAACGGCGUCUCAGGCGGCGUGCUUAACAUUCCGCUCGUGGAGAUUAUCGUCAACAUGAUCGGAGAGACCGUCGCCCCUGGUACUGCCAACGAGCCCGUUGUUGAAGCUUCCCCAGUCAACGUUGUGGAUAACGCACCUACACCUGUGGUCGUUGUGGACAACGCACCCACCCCUGUCGUCGUCGUGGACAACGCACCCACCCCUGUCGUCGUCGUGGACAACGCACCUACACCUGUCGUCGUUGUGGACAACGCACCUACUCCUGUCGUCGUUGUAGAACACACCAUUGAGGUCAACCCCGUCGACGUUAUUGCUGUGAACCCCAUGCCUGAGCCUGUCGUGCCUACGCCUGUUGUGCUCCCUGAGCCGGCCCAGCCUGUGGUAGUCCCUGAGCCUGUCGUACUCCCUGAGCCUUCUCCCGCUGAGGUGGUCCCUAGCCCUACUCCCGUGAUUGUCGUGCCUGGCCCUACUCCCGUGGAGGUCGCGCCUGCUCCUGCUCAGAUCGUGGAGGUCCCCACCCCCGCUGAGGUUGUGGAAGUCCCUGCCCCCGGUGCCGCGGAAGGCGGCAGCCAGAUCAUCAACGUGAUAAUGAGCUUCAUCUUCGGCGCUAACGGUGCCCUCUCUUCGGUCGAGGUUCCCGCUAACGUCGUCCCCCAGAUCAACGGCGUUGCCCGUGUCUAGUGUAAACUGAAGUUUAUAUGACAACAUUUUUAAUGAAAAGUAUUAGGAUAAAUUACAAUAAAGACUUUUUCUGAUC